AUGCUUCAAAGCCUUGUUAAAGAUGUUUGGGUCCCCAUGAAGCCCUACUAUACCCAGGUUUACCAGGAGAUUUGGGUAGGAAUGGGGUUGAUGGGUUUCAUUGUUUAUAAAAUCAGGAGUGCUGUUAAAAGAAGUAAAGCUUUGAAAGCUUCAAGUCCUGCACCUGCUCAUGGUCAUCAGAAACCAGCUUUACAUGGGAAUACACAUCAAUGGAAUGUCAGUUUGGCUGUAAAUUUCAGUAAGCUCUGUUAA